AUGCUUUUUGGGUCUCCACCACAGGGUCAAGCGGCCGAGUCACAGUCUUCUGGGAGAAAAUAUCCAACCACGUUGUACCGCAAUUGGUCCAAGUACCUGGUGGCAAAGGGCAAUAUCCCACGUUUCCGAACCCGAGGCAAUGCCAUUGCGUAUAUUGCCAAGCUCCGACAGACUCUUCCGACAUCCUGGUUGGAUCGUGAAGCCUUUUCUACCCACCCCGUCUUGCCUCCCACCUCAACGGUAAGGAUCUUCAUGGCUUUGUUCCGAGUUGCCGCCCCGGCCGAAGGCUUGUCGUGGACCCUUAAGUUGAAGGCAGUUCCCGCGGUCCUGCUGGAUGCUGGAUAG